GCACGCGGUGUCGGACUUACCACACGCUCCGAUAACGAGUUGGGGUACUACGUAACUUUGGUCCCCGAUUGGCACGACUCCUCAACUCAAUGUGAUAAGCCUCACACAACACGGAACGAGCGUUUUAUGAUGGCACCAAUUUCUGUUACCGUGGCACUGGCCAUACUCGGGGUUUUCUUGGCCAAACAACUCAUCUUCAAUUCACUUCUGCUGAGUCCCUUGAGGCAUGUACCGGGGCCGAAGUCGUUUGCGUUGACGAAAUGGCGACUAGCCUUCGAAGACUGGAGGGGAACCCGAACGCGCACGAUCCAUCGAUUGCAUCAGAAAUACGGUCCGGCCGUCCGAAUCGGACCCGACGAAGUUUCUUUCAAUAGUUUGAGUGCUCUCCGGACCAUCUACGGACCCGGAAGCAGGUAUGGCAGGACUUCCUUCUACCGGAUGUUUGAUGUCUACGGCCGGCAGAAUCUGUUCACUUUCCACUCAACCCAGAAGCACGGAGAACGCAAAAGACUUCUUGCCCAUGCUUACUCGAAGACGAACAUCCUCAAAGUCCCAGUUUCCACCAUGAUAGAGGAGAAGACAAGGCAAUACAUGUCUCUGGUUGCGCAGGAACCUCGCCUCAUUAGCGAAACAUUCAGAACUCUGCACUACUACUCGCUGGAUAGUAUCACGGCAUUCAUAUACGGAAGGCAUGGCUCGACAUCUGCCUUGCAAGGCUUCAAGACGGACCAGGCCCUGCUUGAGGAUAUCCUCAAUCCAGCCCGGCGGCGGCUUUCUUGGUUCGCGGUACACCUUCCAUCGCUGACAAAAUGGCUGUACACUCGGACGCAUACGAUGGAGCGCAUGGUUGUGCCAGUUCUUCCCAUGGCGAAGCCAGCCACUUACACCGGCAUCCGAAAGUUUGCCCUGGAAGCAUAUGAGCAGUCUCGGAAAGCAGCUCUAGCAGCCAACAACUCCGACGGAAAGAAUGAGGACGACGCGACAUGCUGUAUAGUCGAUCGCCUUGCGUUGCAACGCAAACUAGGUACGAUGGACGACCUCGACAUAGCCUCAGAGUGUGCGGAUCACUUUCUGGCUGGCAUCGAUACCACAAGUGACACGCUGAUGUACCUCAUUUGGGCACUAUCACGUAAAGAGCAUCGCGUAUGCCAGGACAAACUGAGAAAUGAAGUCCUCAACUUACCCCCGGACUCCCUGAAUGAUCACGGGUUGCCAAAGGCCGAGGCGAGCGAUAAAUGCCAGUACCUCAACGCUAUCAUCAAAGAGACACUGAGAUUGUACGCUCCUCUUCCCGCUUCUGAGCCUCGUUCACUUGAGACCGAGUCAGAUGUCGACGGUUACACGAUUCCGGCGCAUGUCACAGUCAGCAUGUCACCCUAUAGUCUCCACCGCAACCCGGAAGUAUUUGAAGAGCCUCUGAGAUUCAAUCCUGAUCGAUGGUUAGGACCUAAAGCGGCGGAGAUGAACCGCUGGUUUUGGGCUUUCUCCAGCGGCGGCCGCAUGUGUAUCGGCUUGCAUCUCGCAAUGGCCGAAAUGACGACAUUGGUAGCUGCAAUAUAUCGCACGUACACGACCUCGGUUGUCCCCGAAUUUGACGAUUUCAGUCCUGGAAUUACAUCUCGGUUUGAAUUGUUCUUUGACGACCAGUUCACCAAAGUCAUGGAACACAAUUGCCCCAUCAAUUUUUCGACCGCAACUGAUGCGCCAUUGAAGUCAGAAGCUGUCUAA